AUUCCAAGGACAUGGACGGGCUGAUCUUCCUCCCUGACCUUGUGUUUAAUCUCUUUCCUCAUCUCAUAUUUGUGGCCAAGAAGGCAGCUCAUCCUUCUGUUAUGCCUCCCUUUCCCCCGCUUUCUCUGCACAACACCGAUGGCAACUAUGAGCAUAUUGAAUCAGCAACACUACCAAUUCACUGCCAUUACAAAAGCAUUUUCUAAUGGAAAAAGGCCCUCUUCUCUGAGUGGAAUUCCCUUCCCUUCAAAUGGCCUCCGCUUGGAUAAUCAUUCCCACCAGUUUAAGGCCUACAGAUUAUCAAGUAAUUUUAGAAGAUCAGUGCGGGUCACCGCUAUGUCAUCUUCAGCAUCACCAAAGAGGAUAUUGGUAAUGGGCGGCACCCGUUUCAUUGGAAUUUACUUGUCACGCCUAUUGGUGGAGGCGGGCCAUGAGGUAACUUUAUUUACUCGUGGCAAAGCCCCAAUCACACAACAACUUGAAGGGGAGUCAGAUCAAGAAUAUGCCGAAUUUUCUUCAAAAGUGUUGCACAUUAAAGGAGAUCGUCAGGACUUCGAAUUUGUGAAGACCAAGCUUUCAGGGUCUGGUUUUGAGAUUGUUUAUGAUAUAAAUGGAAGAGAGGCAGUUGAAGCUGAACCUAUCUUGGAUGCUUUGCCAAAUCUUGAGCAGUACAUUUAUUGCUCUUCUGCUGGAGUUUAUCUCAAAUCUGAUAUGCUCCCACAUUUUGAGAUUGAUGCAGUUGACCCUAAAAGCAGACACAAGGGAAAGCUUGAUACAGAGAAUUUGUUUUCCAAAAGAGGAAUCAAUUGGACAUCUUUACGACCAGUUUAUAUUUAUGGACCACUUAAUUAUAAUCCUGUUGAGGAAUGGUUCUUCCACCGCCUAAAGGCGGGGCGACCAAUCCCAGUUCCAAACUCUGGUCUUCAAAUUACUCAACUAGGCCAUGUUAAGGAUUUAGCCAGAGCUUUCUUGAUGGUUCUUGGGAAUGAGAAAGCUUACAAGCAAGUCUACAAUAUUUCUGGAUCUAAAUAUGUCACAUUUGGUGGUAUAGUCAAAGCAUGCGCAAAGGCUGCUGGUUUUCCUAAACCUGAGAUCAUCCAUUUCAACCCAAAGGAAUUUGAUUUUGGAAAGAAAAAGUCUUUCCCUCUUCGAGAUCAGCAUUUCUUUACAUCCAUAGAGAAAGCUCAAAGAGAUCUCGGUUGGAAGCCAGAGUUUGGCCUUGUGGAAGGUCUUGCUGAUUCCUACAAUCUAGAUUUUGGUAGAGGCAAAUUCCGAAAGGAACCUGACUUUUCAGUGGAUGAUAUGAUUCUGAAUAAGACUCUUGUCCUGCAAAGUUAGUCAGUUUGUAGUGAAAGCAACAUAUAGAGCAGGAACAAUUCUAUUCAUAGCUUCAUUCUUAAUCACAAGAGAAAUAGCCAAGAGAGAAAUGAUUUUAGGAUAUCAGUGUAUCAAUGGUCAAAUUUUCAAAGGUUUGUAUCAGAAUGAUUUUCAUAUGUUAAAAGGGCAUACACAUGUAAUCUCAUAGUAGUGAAUCAAAUGAAGUCUCCUAGAAUAAAUUU